UAUUCCAAAGAAGUCAUAUCAGAUGACUUCAGAGAAAGUGUGAGCUACAGGGAAGGUUAUCACAGCUUUACUACCUAAGAGAAAAAAAAACAACUAGAAAAUAAUUUAGGUCACCUAAAUGAGAUUGUUUAAACUGAUAGAGCCACACAGCGGAGUACUUCACCACCACAAAAGAUGCUUCAAAUGACAGGAAAAGAUGUGAAAGGAGUUGCAAAAACAAUUUACAGUAUAAUUCCAUUUUUGUUAAAAAAAAAUUCAUAUCCUAUGCAUAGGAAGAAAGAAACCUCUAGAAGCAAAUAUGCCAGUAACAGAUGAUUACUGAGGAUUUUGUUUUUUUCCAACUUUAUUUGUAAACCCCACGAUAAACCCUUUUUAUACACGAGAACUCAGUUAAGAGUUAUUUAAAAGAGAGGGAAGGAGGUACAGAGCUGGGGGGCCUGGAGGGUGGAGGCCCCCAGCACAGCAGGCACUGUCCUACCCAGCGGCCAGAAGGUAGUGGAAGGGACACCCACCAGAGCAAGCUAAAGGCCACACUCCCGGGGACAUACACCAUCACACCUUUUUAUUUUGGGUUGUUUUGCUACCUUCCUCUUGCCACUUCCAGACUGCAUCAAGUUUUGUGUAUUACAUAUGAACGUUUAAAACAUACAAGAAUCCGUAAGCCUGUUUUUGCACUUCAUUCAAUAUCAGCACCGCACAAUAAAAAAGCAUUGCACGAGACCAGAGGUUAACAUUUCCGCCAGAGACUUAGUGACACAGAGAGGUAAGGUUCGGCAUAAAAGGUCCUACAAGUCCCUUGAUGUCCAUGGUCACUGACACAAACGAAAGACCGCUGACAGGGCGGAAUAGGGGGCCGUUAGGGUCCAAUCCCUUUUGUGACGCCGGCCACUCCUGCAGUGUCCAACCUGGGCCCGCAGAGGAGCCUCCACCCAUACUCACUCUUGGGCUAUUGUCCUUUUUCAGAGGACUUCCAAACGUGCUUUUUGCUAUCCUUAUGCCCCAUCACUUUUACUUUGCACUAGAUCACCAUUUGCUACCUAAUCAAUUUCACUGUAUCAUCCACUGCCUGUGGGAGUUCAAGAGUGAAGGCUGAAUUUUAUGCACUAGAAUGCAAACUGAUUAGCAAAAAUCACCAACACAGCCAUCCACACCUGCAACCCAUCCCACUUGACCUGAGAGUAAGUGCACAUAAAGACAGGUUAGAAAUCUCUUUCACUGACCAUCUCUGGAGCCCCCGGAUUGGGCGGAGGCUAGGAGGUAGGGGCUCAGCCUUCAGCUGCCUGCUCUCAGCCAAUGGCAAACAUUUACACCCUUAUGGAAAUUCUUUAUCAGCCCAUCACAGUUGCUAGGAAACUGUGACAUUUAGAAAGGCAUUUAUAGCAGUUAUCCUCAAGGCUGGAAGCAAGAGUUUCAUAAUCACCAUGUAAAAAAUGAGGAGGAACCAGUUUGGCAUAAAGGGCAGGGCGGAUGGGGGAGGGCUGGGGUACAAAGCGGAGAGAAGGGUUAAGUAGGAAAGGAGGCCUAGGUUGUUCCAGGGGGAUCAAGAACCAGAGAGGCAAGCAGGGAAAGGAUCCCCAAACCCACAUGCAGCGGCCCCCACUCAACAGCAGCUCCAUGACCUCCCCAAUAGGCCACUUCCUCCUCCCCAGCACCUAACUCCAGGUUCUUGGAAGCAGGCGCAUCAGGGUUCUUGAGGACCCACAAGCAGGCCACCUGGAUGCAAGGACUGAGGGGGACAGCGAGUCCCACAGCUGCUCUCCCGGAGGAAUUCUUCAGGCCACGCUCUCCCACCCCCGUUUAGGUCACAGCGCUCACCUGUCCCCCUUAACUCAGGUCUUAGCUCCCCUUCAAAGGAGAGCUUCCCUUUCAGCUUCCUCCAAAACGAAAGCCUUCUUCACAGAGCCCGGCCUGUCUCCCAUGAGGCCAAACCUUAGGGCCCACGGGUAAAGGCACCACCAACAGCAGGACUUUGCUCCCUGGUUGGAGCUACCACCACCUCCCCAGCCAGGAAACACAAUUCAGAGUCAAGAAGCAAACUGUGCUUCAAAGAGCUUCUUCUCACGCCCUCUGCAUAACCUUGGCCUGCUUCAUACAGCAGGUACACCCGAGCCCAAACUCGUGUCACCCAAUAAAGAGCCAAACGAAACAUUUUAGUAGAAAAUUAUGUGCUUAGACCCACACCUAGUUCCAUUCCAGCCUCCCCCAAACCACAAACAUGGAAAACAUGUAUUACACGUGUUGUAUUUAGACGGUUUCCCCUAAGCAAUGAUAGGCCCCCUUUCUGACACCAUUUGUAAAUCUAACCAGUUAAAAGUUCCAGUAUGCCCCCAGCACCUUGACACUGACCUUCACCAGCUGUAAGGUUCAGCAUCACAUUAUCACAUUUUGCACAACCACUAGACACUCCCAACAGUGAGCAGAGCCCCCAUUGCCAUCCACCAGGCUCCGUACCAUUCAAGACAUCCCAGUUCUGUUUGAGGUUACGACGCUCCACUAAAUGACCUCAAUUAUUUAAAGCUCCUAAAGAGCAAAUCACAGCCUAAAUCUACAGUAAGAAAAACACAUCCAACUUCAUUGAAGAUAACUUGGUUUACAGAAAAGAUAAAGAUCAAGAAACGUAACAUACCAAUACAAUUGAGUUUAGAACUCAAACCUUUAUUUGUGCUGUAAAGAGGGAAAGAAAAUGAUUAGUAAUCACGUACAUGAUGCAGCAGAGCUAGUUCUUCCGACACAGCAACACAAAAGUACUUGAACCAAUACACCCACACAUAUUUCCCCAUACAGGCAUGACCAAUACUCUUUAAAUUCCCAGGACAGCAGUUUCAUCGUACUCAAGUCACUGAUUAAAAGCUGGACUAUACCAACAGAUUUUUAAACAUUAAAAAAGAAACCAGAAGACAGAAAUCCCAGAGGCUUAUAUUGGGGAGUUUAAAUUUAAAGGGAAAUUUAAAGGGAAGAGGAACAGGAUCAAAAGCCACUGGUUAUUACCUCACCAAUUCAAUAGAUACAUCUCAAAAACAAGAAUCACCAUAAAUGGUAUUUCAGAUCUUUCUCUGAAUUUUUAAAAACAGACCACAUCAAGUAUAGGCUCCCCACCCCAACCCCCCCAACCGCCCAUUUUGUUUAUUCCCCAAACUGAUUUUGACUGAGUUGCCCGGCAAGUACUGAUCAAUUUAAAAAGCACAAACAUUCAAAUAAAAGAUACAAUCGGUUAACUCUAACCUUUGCAAGGAUACAUGGUUUGCUACCAAGUAUUACAGUUACAGGGACCAUGAAAAGGUUAUUCUGUUACAAGAACUAAGGUAAUACCAACAAUUUUUACUUUGCUGUUAAUACAGACCCCAAAGAGAUUUUAUAAAACAAAGUUCCUUUAAAAGCCAUUGCAUUUUCACUUUGCUCAAAAUUUUCAAUCACAAAAUCUCAGUGAACAGAAACGUUAUAAACCUGUUAAGAGUACAUCUAAAUCUCCAGUGCACACCAAAAUUUUAAACUUUUUUUAAAAAAUUUAAAUACUUUAAAAGCUCACAACUGGGGCAUUUACAGGUUUCCUAAAACUUCUAGCUCCAACACUGACUGUACACCUUCACAUAAACCACUGAAGAAGCUAGUGAAGCAGUGAAGGUUAUUACUCAGCUGAUGUGAAUUUCUGUACCCCUCCCCCACUUUCAAGAGAUGAGCAUUCCUGUUCAACUACAGCUUUUCAGUCUUCCCCACGUAGCAAAGCAAAACAAUUUUGCCUUCCCUGCAUUUAGCAGAUUUCUAAAAGACUUUUUGGAAGUUUCUAAGCAAUUUUUGUGCAAGAGACAAUUACUAGCAUUAACUAGUAUUUUCUUUGUCCAGUUGUCUGUUACAUUCCCCAGAGCUCUACUUGACCUUUUUUGCCAAAAUUCCUUUCAACCCACAUUCGCUACCACCCCCACCCUCUGCAGCAUAUACCUAACCAACCCAACCCUCUCCCUUUCCUUACCCCCACCCCUCCCAGUACCAAGUCAAGGUGUGCCCCACCACCACCUCUCACACCUCAGGGUCCUCCCAUUUAAAGAUUACUUUGAAAACUCCCUCAAACAAAAUUCACUUUUUUAAAAGAAUAGCAUCAAAGAUAACAGUACCCCAGCUAUUCUCCCUUCACUUAGUUACCCGCCAUGCAAUUGCAAUGCCCAAACUAGAUCCGCCAUUUCUAAGAAUUUGGCCACAACCAACCCGUACCCCCAAGACUGUAGCAUAACACAACGACCCCCCCCAAUUUGCCAGUAUGCUUCAUUUAAGUAUUGCCUAAGGCAUUUCAAAUGUGAACACUUUCCCAAAAUACAGGUUAAACCAUCACACUAAUUCCUCCAACCAAUGCACAGGCAGGCAGGCUGGCAGGCAGGCGGGCGGGCAGGUGAGUGUCACUGGGGCUCCAUCUGCAAGAUUCAUCUACAAGGCAUCCCUCUGCUCGUGGCAUGUUAGAACGUCCUACAGCUUAAGAAUCUUCUUGAAGCAAAGUUCGUAGCCCAGAACCAGUUAUGACUGGAGGCUCAAUUUAGAAGAUGCAGCAUCUGAAAACCUCCACCCCAGAAAAGGAGGGGUGCCUGCUGGCAUCCACAUGCCUGGAGGUUGGCGCUCCUGGAUCAAAGCAACACAUCUGCGGAUGGCACGAUGCAUCUGCUUUGGACUUUUAAAUGACUGCCCCCUCAUAAGCUCAUCUGAAAACCUUAAACAGCCUCCUGAAUACAGGGCUUCCUGAGCAAGGCCUGGAAACAGGACAUCGGAGAACUUCCACCUCCUAAGCCUCUGGAAAUUCCAUCCGCAGACAUCAAUUUGGGCGGGCUCUCUCCUUCAGGGUCUCCCCUCCUGCACUGCUAUGACUCACACUGGCCAGGGGCUCCAUUUCUCCUGGAUGCCAUCUGAUCACCACGAUGAACACUAUAGUAACAAACCAUGGUCCAUGAGGCGUUUUGUAACUUUGAGCUGUUACAUUGCUGCAGGCCCACCCAAGGUACACAUCCGAUCCCCACCCUCUCCACAGGCAAGCAACACCACCCCAUCCCACCCCGAGUCUCAGCAGGGAGGGCCUUUCCUCCUUCACGAUUACCAACACAACCGAAUUUCUCAGGGCCUUCGGCAACUUUCCCAGGCUUACCAGGUUACCAGAAGCAAUGUUUUAAGCGAAUGGAUAACCUCAAGAAAAUUAGGAGGAGGAGGAGGAAGAGCAGAGUGAGCUCACAGAAGUUAGCACCGAACCUAGAGGAAAAGUCCAAAGGGGAGCACUGCCACCUGGAAAAUAAAGUGUGGGUCAAUUUUGUCCGCAGACACACAAACAUCCUGCCUCAGCAGCCCCAGCCUGUCAGACAUCAGGCGCCACAACAAUUAACUGUUUUAGAUGGCACCUUGCCGCCUCAAAUCACUUCUGAGACCACCCUCACCUCCAACAAGGGGUCUGGCCUCACACCCAGACCAGGGUUCCACCAGGCUGGGCACGACCUGGACCCUGUCCCAGGCCGAACCAAAAUUACAUACCACCCUGGGCCAGAGCUGUCCGCCCCGCCAAGGUUAAGUUCAGUUUCCACAAGACCAGGCCUCAUCCCCACGCGGGGUCGCAACCCUCUGAAAGAAAAGGGGGCUGCUGGUAUUGACAAGUUCAAGGUCUGCCCACCUGCGGCCCUACACCCCACUGCCUUCCUUCCUGAUCAUUCUCCUGGCAUCAACUGCCCAGUUCCACUUCCUCUCCAGCAAAGGUGGCGAGAUCCUGCCUCCUCUCGCUUCUGCCUUCCUCCUCCCACACAAACCAGGACACUGGGGCUCGCCAGGGCCACACAGGGCAGCGCCCUCCUAGAGGUCAAGUUCCCCUUCUCCAGCAGGCAGCUAAAGUCCGGCCUGAAGGGCUGUCCUCCCCUGGGUUACUGCGGGAACUGUCAACGCAACUCUCCCCACCACACCUUCCCCAAGAUCUAGCUCCUUCUUUAACCUUCCUUGCCCUUGUACCCCAAACCCCUUGAGUCGCCUCUAACUCUGUCAUCUCCCCCAUCUGUCCCCUGACGCCCUAAACUGGCAACUUCCUCCCCACCACUAAACCCAAAGCCAGGACCCUCCCUGUCGCUG